UCCACAAACUUACUCACAACAAAUUUACUCAUCUCAUAAGCUAGUGAACACAAAGGAACAAUAACAUCUUUUUGUUUUAAUUACUCAAAAAAAAAGCACACAAAGAAAAUGAUGAUGAACAAAGUUGUAUUGGGUUCGAUUCUGUUUUUCAUGUUGGUCAGUUCGGCUCUUGUGGUGGAGGCUCGUCCUUUGGGUUUAACGAAGGCUGACGAGAAGCUCGUGGCUAAGUUCUUUGAUGGUUUGUCACUUGGGGCGAUCAAGGGCUCGGGUCCUAGCUCUGGUGGUGAGGGUCAUCAUUUUGUCGACCGGAGUGAGACGCUUGGGUAUGGUAAACACUCCGGUCCUAGCUCGAGCGGACCCGGCCACUAAUUUCGGACCGGACCAAUCAGGUGGCUGCUUUUGUCUAGCUUCAGAGAUUGAGUGGUCGUUAUAUAUUUCGAAAGAAAAAAAAAAGAUUAUUUAUUAGGAUUUUUCUUAUAAUGCUUAGAUCUGGGGAAAAUCAAGAAUUGGCGGAGCCUCACUUGUUCUAUGUAGGAAUAUUCUUUUGUUAAUUAUUGAAAUUCAUUUGACAAAUAAUGUACAAUGUAAUAUAUUGUAAUUCAUUUAUUAAUCUGAUUAUAUGAAUAAAAUUAUUGGAUAUUCUUAUUUUUAA